ACACAGUGGAAACCUCUGGUGGAAACAAGGCUGAAAUCAGGAACAGAACCCACCCACAACUCCACUGCGCAACCAUCUUUAAACUCUUCCUGAUUCAAUCGCUUCCCUUCAACAUUCCCGAGCGUCAGAAACAAUCCCAAAGAUGAGUUAUCCUGGUUACCCUCCAUCCGGUGGCUACCCUACCCAGACAGGUGGCUACCCCCCACAACCAGGUGCAUAUCCCCCCCAAGCUGGAGGUUACCCGCCACAGGCUGGGGGUUACCCGCCUCAGGCUGGGGGUUACCCACCUCAGGCCGGGGGCUACCCGCCCCAAGCCGGGGGUUACCCGCCACAAGCCGGGGGUUACCCGCCACAAGCCGGGGGUUACCCGCCCCAAGCCGGGGGCUAUCCUUCCCAGCAGGCUGGUGGUUACCCUCAACCAGGUGGAGGUUUCCCUCAGGGGGGAGGCUUCCCUCCCCAGGCCGGAGGCUAUCCUUCCAUGCCUCCAGCACAAGGUGGUUGGGGUGGAGCCCCUGCUGGUGGAAUGCCAGGCGGAGGUAUGCCCCAGGGGUACCCAGGCUGUCCUGCCCCAGGUCAACCCCAGGGGUACCCAGGCUGUCCUGCCCCAGGUCAACCCCAGGGGUACCCAGGCGGUCCUGCCCCAGGUCAACCCCAGGGGUACCCGGGCGGUCCUGCCCCAGGACAGCAGCCCAUGCCUGGCUACCCUGGUGGUGCCCCGGCCACCAACCCUUCAAUGCCAGGAUAUGGAGGUGGUGUUCCUGCUACUCCUUAUUCACCUGCCAUCAACAGAGGCUAUAGGGGUGUUAUUAAGGACUAUCCAGGCGCUGACCCUCUGAGGGAUGUGGAAGUCCUCCGCAAGGCCAUGAAGGGCUUUGGCACGGAUGAGGCAGCUAUAAUUGAGAUUCUCGGGAGCCGCUCAAACAAGCAGAGGGUUCCAAUGGUAGCAGCCUACAAAACCACUUAUGGGAAGGAUUUAUUCCAUGAUCUAAAGUCUGAGCUGACUGGGAACUUUGAGAAGCUGGCUAUUGCCAUGUUGCAGACGCCAGCCAAGUUUGAUACAUCUCAACUCAAAGAAGCCAUAGUGGGUGCCGGUACUGAUGAAGCCUGUCUGAUUGAGAUCCUAUCGUCUCGCUCCAAUGCAGAAAUCAGAGAAAUUAAUCAAAUGUACAAAAACGAGUAUGGUAAGAAACUGGAGGAUGCCAUCAUUAAUGACACAUCAGGACACUUCCGUAGACUCCUCGUCUCCCUCUGUCAGGGAAAUCGAGACGAGAGGGAACAAGUGGACAUCAACAUGGCCAAACAGGAUGCUCAGAAACUGUAUGCUGCCGGGGAAAACAAAGUGGGGACGGAUGAGUCCCAGUUCAACGCCAUACUGUGUUCCAGGAGCAGACCCCACCUGAGAGCAGUGUUCAAUGAGUACCAGCAGAUGAGUGGUAGAGACAUUGUGAAGAGCAUCUGCAGGGAGAUGUCUGGAAACGUGGAGGACGGCAUGGUGGCUGUGGUGAAAUGCAUCAGGAACACUCCUGAAUACUUUGCAGAGAGGCUUCACAAGUCUAUGGCGGGGGCUGGGACCAAGGACAGGACUCUGAUUCGGGUCAUGGUGACUCGCUCCGAGGUAGACAUGCUGGACAUCAGACAGGCAUACCAGAAGACCUACGGGAAAUCACUGUACACCGCCAUCUCUGGUGAUACCUCUGGGGACUACCAGAAGCUGCUGCUAAAGCUGUGUGGAGGAAGUGAUUAGAGAGAUAUGAAGGAAUCCCAUAUAUCAAUCAGGACAGUGACGCCAUAGAAUGAGAACCAUAGAAUCAGAAUGAGAACCAUAGAAUCAGAAUGAGAACCAUAGAAUCAGAAUGAGAACCAUAGAAUCAUAAGUGCUAUGGCCGUUCUACUCAUUCUAAUUCUAUAAGUGUAGUAGUCCAUGAGAAUGUAACAGACAGGAUCCUAUAUCAACCUGUGAUGUAUGUAGUUUCUUUUGCCAAAUUUGUGUCUCGCGCCAUAAUGUGCUGGGUGAUGUAUGUAGUUUUUUUUUUGCCAAAUUUGUGUCUCGCGCCAUAAUGUGCUGGGUGACGUAUGUAGGAUAAUGACUUUAUUUGCUACAUAUGCAAUCCGUUAUUGUUAUUAUAUAGUCUUGAUUCAUUUUCAAACGUUUUUAUUUUAUCGUGAUAUGUGUAAUCAUAUUUCAUACGAUCAGGAUAAUGCCAUUUAAAAACAAUGCAGUACUAUAAUUGACAAAUUAUUAUAUUAGCUAACUGCCAAAUACUAAAUGUAUAUGAAUAUUUCUGGGUUUGUGUCAAUACGUGCAAAUAUUUUAGGAUAUUUAGAUACUUAAGAUAUUUUUUAAAAGUUGGUUAUUAUAGCUUUAUUGCUGACUGCUAUAUUCUAUGCAAAUUAGCAACUUGGUUCAUUUGGAAUGAAAGCCAAUGAUAAUUAAAUAUCACCACACAACGCUGGUGUUUCUUUCUUCUCAUUGACACCUUCUAAUAAUGUAGGCCAUUUUCCAUGGCUUGUUUCCUAGAUAUAAACACAAUGUUGCCUUUUUUUAUGCUGCAGACCCAAAGCCGCUAUGGCAUGCAACUCUUUCAAUGUUUUACCAUCUAUUUUGAAGGCUGUUUUAGUUCCAUGCAAGUCAAUAUUUCUGUUUUUUUUCAUUUCAUCUUUCACUGCUAUUUCUAAUAUAAUUUCAAUGUAGAGUCCUUGUACAACUAUUUGCCAAUACUUAAAAAUUGAAUUAUUUGUUGUCAAUAUUGUUUAAGGGUGUAUUCAUUGCAUAGGUAUAUACUGUAUAGCCAGCACACAUACUGUAUAGUAUAAUUUCAUGCCAGUAGACGGCAGUUUGAACACAAUGGAUCCACUGAGGCAUUGUAAUUGGAAAAUGAUAUAAAUAUAUGCUAAUACCACAUUUGUAACUUAUCACAAUGGCCCAAAGGGCUGCCGUUAUCAUGUAGUAACUAACGUUUACAAUCAUUUGGUUGUUGUAAUGUUCACCCACAGGCUUAUAAUGGUGUCCUUCCUGUCAAAAUAAAACGUUUUGACUGGCAA